AGUGGAUUAUGCUUAGGACUAAGCCGAAACAGCACAGAACGCUUAAGCCGAAACGUGUGGAGCAUGUAGUUGCAGCGAGUGUAGCCAAUGCGGCCGCCCUUCUAUGCGAAUCCAUACAAACGUCAACGUCGUUGUUGUCCGCCAUACAAGAGCCAAACAUAAAAGAAAAACUCAUACAAAAGCAUAAUAAAAAUAUUGAUACGAACUUUGGUGCAAAUCAACAACAACAAAAGCAACAGCAACAACAAUUAAAGAAAACUACGAAAAUCUCGCCACAAUUUAACAGUGUUAUUAAGAAAUCACCACAAACGCCAUUGAGGCACACGGCCGGUGUAGCAAGCAAAUUCUUUGACGGGCGCUGCGUUUCGCGCCCAUCGAAUUCUAUGCACCUACUAACGGUACAAUACAAUUGUGUGGCAGCUUUGACUUCGGUUUUACGCGAAAUAAAGGCUUGAGCACUGAAAAAACAAGAGAGUUAGGCGACCACGCGUGUGUGGGAGAGAGAAAAAGUCUCAAAUAUUUAAGUGCAGAUAUUUAUGCAUUAAAAAAUCAAAAUUGUUAAAUUCAAAAAUACUUUCAAACUAAAGUGUUUGGUGAAAAGCAGUGCAAUAAUUAAGAAAUUCGCUCGAAAAAUUAAUGUUUGUGCAAAUCGUGGCGCUGUUAAUCGAUAAAUUCUAAAUGCAGCAGUUUUCGCACGACGACAAAGUGUGUGCGAAGUAAGUGGAAUUCAUUGAGUAAAGUGCAAAAUAGUUUAGCAUAAAAAGGUUAUAUAAAAAGUGAGUUAAUUUGUCGACGGUGAAAAGGUUAAACAUCAGGAAAUCAAAUAAAUACUGAAACCUUGAAAAACACACGCUGUGAAACUGCGCAAAACCAAAAGCGGCAAAGUAGUGAGUUUCCUAUACUCUGUAUUACGGUAAAGCAAAUAGUACGAAAGCGAGUAACAACUGUAUAAUGAAAAGCAUUCAAUAAUUGUGCAUUACUUCUGUACUUAUCAACUCAAGCGUCUGAUAUGUAUGUUUAUAUGCGUGACGUAUAGAUAACAGUAGCGUUAAAAAAAAAAAAAUUAUAAAACAAAAUUAAAACAUUUCAAAGCAUUGUGUGAAUUUUAUAUCUCAUUAGAGUCAACAAAAAACGAAAGCGCUUAUCUACGUCUCUGUGGUCGCGUUCUUUCUUCAAAUAUUAUGGUUUCUUUCCUAACCACAAUCUUAGAAUUUUCGAUAUUCAUACUUUAAUUUGUGCAUUUUGUGGCAUAAAUUAACAUUUUGUCGCGCAAACAACGUGUGAAAGUCCUAAUAAAUUAUUUAAAAAUACAAAAAAAUCGUGAGAAACUUAAAUCUGUUGAAAAUUUCAGUAAAGUGUAAAAAAAUAAAUUUCUUCAAAAUUAAUAUUGAAAAAUUGCCUAAAACGUAUAGUAAAGCUCACAAGUGCCAAAAAUUGUUGACAAAUAAAUUUAAUUAAUGAAAAUAUAUAUGCAAUAAAUAAGCGCGCUGCCCAGCAAGAGUGUGAACAGCUGUUUAUUAUGCAGAAAAUAUCGAAAAGAAAAACAUACAAAAACGUUAAAAAAUCAAAUUGUGUUCAAAAUAAAAUUCCAAGAUCUCCGUUCUUACAAAUUCUUGUCGAAAAGUGAAAGAACUUUUGUACAAAGCAGCUGUUUCGGUAAUUUAUAACCUCUUUAAUUUAUAACAAAAAAAAAAUACUUUUUGUUAAAAACUUCCCACGAAUCCUGCAACAUCCUUACUUACAACGCAGUGCGAGUACGCGUGUUUUAAGUAAAACAAAACAAAAAAAAAAAUCAAAGUGUAGUGCUCAUUCUUGUGUAGUGCUCUACACACUUUCUAAUUUCAUUAAUUUUCGGUUUAUUCGGUUUUCAAAAUUUCAUACAAAACAAUGUCCACUGGUCGCCGUUUAGCCAAACGCUCAAUAAUCGGUACAAAAGUUUGUGCACCAGGUCCGGACGGACUCUGGUACUCGGGCGUUAUACAAGACGUCAAGACGCCACCAACUGCCACGGUCACAUCGUCGUCGCUAUUGACAGCGUGUAAUUCUGCCGCAGUCAAUAGCAACGGUACAAAUCUUACCGCCGAUACUAAAUAUAUAGUACGUUUCGAUUUUAAGACACAAACCAUGCAAAACAACUCGGACACUUCGCCCUCAACGUCGUCGUCCAAAUCGUCUGUUAUAAUGGAAGCACGUCGCACCGUUAGCGCACACAUUAGUCCCGCGCAAGCUUUGCGCCGCAACGCUAUGAUUAAGGAGUUUCGCGAGUCGGACCUGAUCGGUCCGGGUUUUCGUUCCAUAUUGGGCAUACAAUUGCAGCCGGGUCAACGUGUUUUUCUCACACAUAAUGGACGUGAGACUUCGGGUGAUGUCAUCGCUCAUGACGUGGAUAAGGAUGAGGUUGUUGUUAAGAUCACCACAAUCGGAACAGAGGAACCCAUUGAGCUGAAGAAACGUUUGGAAGAGGUGCGUCUGCUCGAAUCGCGACGCUCCGCACGUUUGGCUGAUCAAGAACGCGACACGGAUUUCGCACGACUAGCCGACAUGGGUGGCGAUCGCCGCCGCACAACAUCACACAGCAUCGAGGUGCCAAUGUCUUUAACGCCGCAGAAUAACUCACGCAAACGUCCACAGCCAUACACACACGACUUCUUCAGCGGACAGUGCGGCGGCAAGGAGGAAAUGGAGGAGUGUCAUGCAGCGAUGAUUUUAAUGAAACUCUCCCAUUCGCCCAAAAAUGCAGAGAAAUGGUAUGGCUCCAGUCCGGGCAGUUCGUCGUCAUCGGGCAGCUCCUGGAGUUCGGGCAGCUCAUCGCCACCGCUGAGCGAUGACGGCCACGCCGGCCUCAACACCAGCGCCAUGUUGAACGAUCCGAGCGCACGCAUACGCACGACAUCAGUAUCCACCUCGGAUGAGGGCAUCGUUGUAGACUUCAAAGAGGCGCCACGCAAAAAGAGGGUAAGUCCCUUUGAAGUCAGUACAGAAGUUCAGCAAAUAGGAUCUCAAUUUAACACAAACAAAUCCAAAUUCAGAUGUACCUGGAAGGGCUGCAAACAUAUAGAGCACACACCGAAAAAGAUAGAGAGACACAUACGUAAUGUGCAUCUAGGUAACAAAAAAGCACGCCGUUCUGUUGAUUAUGAUGAAUCAUGUAGCGAAAAUGAUCAUGAGGAGGAAUUCUAUUAUACAGAAAUCGAAGAUGAAGAUGAUGACUACAAAACACCGAGCCCUACAUCACCACCCACUCUCAGCCACCGUGAUAUGGCUCGCCCACCACACGAAGACCCAGAAUACCAAAGAAAAAUUGUGGGCAAUUUCAAACAAGGACGUGUCAACCAACAACAGCAGUUGCAACAAAAUCAGGGUCAACAUUUAAAUAACAGCAAGACGGUAUUUCAUGGUGGCACUUAUCUUGCUAAUAACAACAGCCACACCAGUCAGCAAAUGCAGAGCAAUUGCGUAUCGACUUCACUUCUAAAUCAUGACAACUACUGGCAAUCGUCAUCAGUACCGGUAGUACAAUUAGCACAAACCGCCAUUUCAUCGGUCACAUCUAACUCGAGUCAGCAACUUCAUCAGAAUCAACAGACGCAGCAACAGUCUCAAUUCAAUAUCAAACACGCUCGAUCGUCGCCACGUCCGUCCCAGUCGACAGCGCCAUAUCCAUCUCCAACGUACCAUCACAAUUACAGCAGCAGUCCGAAUACUUGCAUCAGCAGUAAUAGCCAUGGUAAUGUCAACAGCAAUACAGGCAGCAGCCAAAGCAGUUCCAUCACACCCAAUAAUAGCGGUGCCAAUAAUAUGCUACAACAGUUGUCCCACCAAAAUAUUACGGUGACGGCACAUCACACUGGUGCUCAUCACAAUCAGCCGCAGCCGCAGCCACAGCAACAAUUACCAGCUGUAACUAUUACGCCAAAUUAUACGAAUCAGCAAUCGCAACAACAACUACAACAAAUACAUGGUCACCAACAAUCAACGCAAUCCAGCGCUGCUGGCACUAUUGUAACAAUAUCCACGGCACAAGUGCACCAACAAUCACAACAGCAACAACAGACAUCUCAUCAUCAGCAGCAACAACAUUCACAACAUACAGGCGUUGCCACUACAACCAAACACACACCGAACUCACCAAAUAGACGCACACGAGGUGAGAACAAGAAGUGUCGCAAAGUAUACGGUAUGGAACGUCGUGAUCUAUGGUGCACUCAAUGUAGGUGGAAGAAAGCAUGUACCCGAUUCGGUGACUGAAAAAGGAUAAAAACGCCAGCGACGGCGGAAACGACGACGACGGCGACAGCUGUAAUAACAGCGAAAAUGAUUUCGACGAGGACCACAACGACAGAACUGGCAGCAGGAGCGAAAUCGAAGUCACCAAUGCAUACAAUUGACACUGGCAAUACAGUCACGGUAGCGCCAACUUAUGCGAAGUACAAGCGAACAAGCAACAAUUACAAUAACAAUAAUAUUGGCCAUAACAGCAACAAAUAUAAAUAUUUGGCAGCUUCCGCACCAGCAACUGCCGUGGCUACCUCCGUCAUUGUUAAGCCACCAAAUAACUUAAGAAAAACCACUGCUAGCAAUAAUAACCACCAAAACACUGCCAAUGGCAGCAACAUAGACCAUACGCCGAUGACUAGCAAACAUAAUAAUUAUGGUACAAACACGGACGCUGAUGCACAUCAACAACAGCAACAAAUACAAGUUGUUACGACUGCCAAUAACAGCAACAGCACUAAUAACAAUCACUUGCUGACCACUGCUGCCUCAAAUACUGAACACGACAUUUGUAUGCGAACGUCGCUGCCAUCCCAAUACUUUCCUUAAGCACCACCGCCACACCACACACACACCACCACACAAGAGUUAGCAACAUUAGGGCUGAGCCCCACAACAAGACAGCAUUAUCUAUGGCUGGCCGCGAAGACAAGUAUGAAGACGUUAUAAAAGCCGUAAUAAUCAUAACAGUAAAUAAUAUUUCGGCUAUGUUAUUUAACAUUUGCUGCAAUUUUUAUCGUACAUUAUUAUUAUUUUUUGUUUUAAUAUGUAUUUAAGAAAUGACUUACAAUAUUUUUUGCUUUUUUGUUAUUGCUUAUAUUUUUGUUGUCUUUACUUAUUUGAUUGAUGAUUAUUUUGAUCAGCCUUCAAAGGCAAUUUUACACUUUAAAUUAAUUUUAUAAAAUUAGAAAAAUUUUUCUUUACUUUUAAUUCAUGUAUGAAUGUAUGUUUAUACAAGUACAAGGUAUAACAAACAUGCAUAUAUAUGUAUACAUAUAUAGAUAUAUAACGGUACAUAUAGUAUUAAGAAUUUCAACCUUGCGCGACUCUACCAUUAUCCACACAUCAACCGGAGACCUAGUAGAUGCAUACACAGUUGGAAAAUUAAUUAUUAUCUACAACGUACUCGUACAUAUGUAAAGUUACAAUAAAGUUGAAUAAACAAUUUAAAUAGAUGUGAAAGUAAUUACUUUUAAAUUUACAAAGAAAAUAUGUAUAUGUUAAUUAUGUUAUAUACAUAUAUACAUGUAUAUAUACCAUAUAUAUACAGGCAAUGUUUAUAGACAAAUGAAACAGCUACGAUAUGUGUGUAUGUUGCAUAAGUAUAUAGAUAGAUAAUUAAGUAUUACAUUAAACAUAAUCAUAACAACGGUAAUGUUUAACUUCAUUUAAAUAGCAAAAUGUUAAAAUAAGACAAAAGAAAUAAACAGAAGCGAAACCAACCAACUCAAAACUUAUCUUUAAGUUAGCUAUAAAAUAUGUAUGCCUGCAUACACACAAACUCUUGAAAAUGAAGUAGUACCCCAACUAAUUUACUCCGAUUACUACCUUAAACUCUAAAAAAACUCACUUUUCAAUUUCAAAAUCAUGUUGACACAACUUCCACUUAUCACGGUCAAUUAUAAAAUCAUUAUACAUAUGUAAUGCUUUUUGAAAUGUUAAACGUUUCCAAAUAUAUCGUACAUACAUAUUACCCAACAUGGACACAUGUGAAAAACGACAGAACCAUUUUUCUUUAAAUUGUUUGUUUACAAUAAGUUUUCGAUUAACAGGUUACUAAAAUUAAACACAUACAUUAUGAGUGUCAACUUGUUUGGCAGGAGUAUAACAAUAAUUAUUUGCAAAUAUAACAUUUAUGGUUAAUAUGUAUGUAGGUACAUAUGUAUAAGAGUUUAGAUUGUGAUUACGAAGUCCUAUUUAUUUCAUCCAAUUAAAGAAGGCAAACAGUAUAAUUUUUCAAAAUUAUUAUAUAUAAUAAAGUGAAUAACAUUUUUUAACUCUACGAAAAGACAGUUCGAGAAAUAAACCAAACAUAAAUUGAUGAUAAAGUAGAACUCUCGCAAGAUAUUGAAAUUAAAAAGAAGUGUUCAAAUUAAUGUAAUCGAUAGAUCUAAAUUUAAAGAAAAUUAUAAUUAUUAUAUAUUUUAUUUGAAAUAUACACAUUUCGUUCAUUGGAUAAAUUUAAAAAUUAUGAAUAUUUUUGUACCUAAAUUUAUGUACAUGAUUAGAAAGUAGCUCUGUAUAAAACUACUAUUAUGAAUUUCAUUGACGACUAAAUUACACACAAUUUAAAAUAACGACAAUGAUUCUAAGAAUACUUUACUGGUGUAGAAUUGUCACUAGCGUUUGUAAUGAGCUAAAGACUCACUCAUUUCAAAUUGCACCUAUGCAUACAUAUGUAUGUGUGUGUAAUUUCUCCACAAAACUCUUUAAAUUUAUUUUUAAAUUUCGGAUUUUAAGAAUAUUCUUUUAAUUGAAGUAUACGAAUGCAUAUUUUCUCUUUUGCAUAUGUGAUUUGCAAUGAUCUUAUUUUAGAAAAUACACCAAGCUUACCUUCGUAUGUCAACGAAAUUCGUGGUAGUGGCCAUUGUAUAUACAUAAAUUUUGUUUUCAUUAGAUAAACUAAUAUUUUUUGUUAUCAAACUAUAUUGUAUAAGAGACGCAUUAAAACUAAGUACGUACAUGUAUUCAUCAUGAUAAAUAUAUUUUCACAUUCUAAAAUGAUAAUUUUCGUUAGCACUUUUGUAAACGUGUGUAUGUACACGGGCAAAUGCGUGUCAACGUUGUGCUAUAACUUAAUU